CGGCGCUUGACAUUACCAAAAACGUGGAAAACACCCCGCAUGGGGGCUUUUACUAAAAGGAAGAGACAAGGGGGAAGCAGAAAAGUUGCUUAGCCAGCGACGCAUUCAGAGUCGGACUGCAGGAGGGAUCAGGUACGAAGGUACGAUAUUGUUAGCUGUAAAUUAAAGCGCUCUCACGUAUAGUCUCACCUCAUCCUCCGGCAGACUCUGCAUCGCCUGCUCUGCCCCGCACAAUAAAAACGCUUUGGUUGCGUCAGGGAGUGUGCAGUGAAAGUACUGUGUUGUGUGGGGGGGGGGGGGGGGGGAGAGAGAGAGAGAGAGAGAGAAAGGGAAAUAAAGAGGAAUCAGCUGUAAUGGUGACACGAAGACGCCUGAUUCUCAAGCUCUUCCCCCUGUCCCUUUUGUCUCCUCGUUAUUGAACCACACUUUCCUCUCUCCUUCUUUCUCACUUGUUAUUAUCUACAUAAACCAUUUUGCUUCUUCCUGAGGCUUUAUUUUACCUGGGUCUUUUUCCCUCUUCACAAUUUCUUCCCUUUGGGGAGCACCGCUCGAGAAAACAGAAAUGGGUGGUGAUGAGGGGGACGGGUUGAGCUAUCCCUCUCCAGUCGCUGCUCAGGAAGGUAAACCUACAUCCGCCGGCUUGCCUCUGGAAACAACUAGCCAAGGAGGGAAAAAUGACCUGUAUAAUGAACUGUGGCAUGCAUGCGCCGGUCCUCUUGUUUACGUCCCACAAACUGGAGAGAGGGUCUUUUAUUUCCCUCAAGGUCACCUAGAACAGGUCAAGGCAUAUACAGAUGGAGACUGUAGAACGGAAAUGCCUGUCUAUAAGCUCCCCUCUAAGAUCCUCUGCAAGGUGAUGUGUGUCCAGCUUAAGGCCGAAGCUAACACAGAUGAGGUAUUUGCACAAAUUACUCUGUUUCCAGAGGCAAAGCAAGAUGAAUCAAAUUUGGAUAGGAACUCAAAGCUUUCACCUCAGAAGGCUUCUUCACAUUUCUUUAGCAAGAAACUAACCCCAUCUGACACAAGCACACAUGGUGGCUUCUCGGUUCCAAAGAGACAUGCUGAAGAAUGUCUUCCACCACUGGACAUGUCUCAGCAACCCCCAACACAGGAAUUGGUUGCCAAGGACUUGCAUGGGAAUGAAUGGCAUUUUCGCCAUAUUUAUCGUGGUCAUCCAAAGAGGCACUUGCUUACUAGUGGUUGGAGUACAUUUCUGUCUUCAAAGAAACUUGUCACUGGGGAUGUAUUUAUCUUCCUUAGAGGGGAAAAUGAGGAACUUUGUGUUGGAGUUCGUCGCACAAUAAAAUCACAGAACUACGCAUUAGCAUCUGUUAUAUCCUGCCAUAGCAUGCAACAUGGCAUACUUGCUAGUGCUUCCCAUGCAAUUUCUACUGGGACCAUGUUUAUCAUCUACUACCGUCCCUGGACAAGCCCUGAGUUUAUUGUCCCAUUUGAUCGUUACAUGAAGUUGGCUGAAGCUGACUUCUCUGUUGGAACAAGAUUUAGAAUGCCAUUUGAAGGUGAAGAAAGCAUGGAACAGAGAGUUAUUGGCACAAUUGUUGGGAUUGAAGAUGUUGAUAGCAUUAGAUGGCCCAAUUCUGAAUGGAGAUGCCUCAAGGUGAAAUGGGAUGCUGCUUCGGAUGCAAGUUUGCAUCCAGAAAGAGUUUGUCCAUGGAGCAUUGAACCAGCGGAGUCCACCAAGAAGAAGGAACCUUCUGUUUUGCAUUGCCAAAAGAGACCUCGACCAGAUAGGGAUGGUUUAUUGCAAGGUUCAGAUGACCAUGCAACUUACCCAGGGGUCUUCCAAGGUCAAGAAAUCAGUGAUAGAAGUGUUAAUCAGUCUGGUGCACAAAAACAACAGUUAUUGCCACAUUUGACUCUCCCACUAAAUCAUGGCUGUUACCAAACACAAUUGCAGAUGGAGAAUCCGCUGGAAAUUGCUAUCUCGGAUAUAUUUUAUCAACGUCCUAGCAGCACAGAACUAUUAUCUGGUAGAAACAUGGCAAGUUUUGGUCUUCCAAAUCACUGCCCCCCAACAUUUCUCUCUUAUGGGGUCUAUGAAAAGGCUGUAGCCAGCAGAAGAUUUCCACUUCCAAAUGUGAAUUCCCAUGUUAAUAUGCUUCAGGAAGGGAGGGCUUUUAAACUAAGGGAUGAAAAUGAAGCUAUUUUUGCUGAGCCAAAUGGUGGUAGUAGAAUCAUGCUUUUUGGAGUCAAUUUAUUUGAUACUCCGCAGGAGCUCCCUUCACCACAAGUUCUCACUCCAAGUGAGCAAGAAAGUCUUUGUUCAAUUCCACCACCAUCCCAGUCUAGUGCUUCUGAAACUAACCAGGUUUCAGAACCAUCAAAGGGUACUACAUCUGUCAAUCUUUCAGAAAACCAAUGGAAGAACUGUUGCUCUGUCACUAAUAGGAGUUGCACCAAGGUGCUCAAGCAUGGAACUGCUCUUGGAAGAUCAGUUGAUCUCAUGCGUUUUGAUGGGUACCAAGAACUCAUUUCUGAGCUUGAUCAAAUGUUUGACUUCCAAGGAAGCUUGAUUAAUGGUAGCAGCGGUUGGUUCCUAACCUACACAGAUAAUGAAGGGGACUUGAUGCUAAUUGGAGAUAGCUCAUGGCAGGAAUUCCAGCACAUUGUUAGAAAGAUGCUCAUCUGUCCAAAGGAGGAAAUCAAUAGGAUGAAUUCGAGCUCUCAAGAUCCAACACCUCCGUAAUAGUUCUUUGCUGAGUUUGCCAGCCGGAAUGUAGGACUGGGAGAAAGGCAUGUUCAUAUAUAUUAUUGCAGUGGUGUUCUCCAGACUGUUAAUUUUCCUUGUUUUCAAAAGAAACUAAUGUUGGGUUUCUAGAAUGGUGAAAACUGAUGGUUUAAUACAACCUCUGCUUCAAU